UUUUCAGUAUUUUAACUUUUGAUUUCAUACCAGGUGACACUAGAAGACAAACACAUAUUUUUUUGACUUAAUCCAAGCAAAAUCUAAACAUCUUGAAUUUACGCAAUAUCGAGAAACUCGCUUUAGUAUAUCUGGCAACCCCGCUCUGAAGUGUCAAAACAAAAAUCCGUCAAGUCCAGUCAAUAAUAUUUACUUCCAAUAUUUUUCCCUUUUUAUAAUUAAUUAGGACUCGUGUAUCUGCGUACGACAAAGGUGUUUUCUAAAAUGUCGUCAACCGUUCCUCUCAUCCUAGAGGAAGACUGCGAACGAGGGGGUAAAGACUACGACGAAGAUGGCAUCGAAAACGAUUUCGCAUACCGCAAUAAUGUCAUGCAGGCCACCAAAGGCAUCCGGAUGGCUUUCAUCCGGAAAGUGUACGGAUUGCUCAGCAUGCAGUUACUCCUAACUGUUAUCGUAGCCUCGAUCUGCAUGUUUACGCCACCCAUCAAAAACUUCGUCCACACGAACAACUGGAUGUUGAUGGUUGCGCUUUUCGGUAGUUUUGGUUUAUUACUCGCUUUACACGUGAAGAGGAGAGAUAGCCCGGCUAAUCUUAUCCUUCUUGCCGCUUUUACCGUCGUGGAGGCAUACACUAUCGGCGUUAUUUUGACAUUUUAUUCGCAAGCAGUGGUUCUGCAGGCGUUGCUCCUUACGUUGGUGGUGUUGGGGGGUUUGACUUUCUACACGUUCCAAACGAAACAUGAUUUCUCUGCUAUGCAUUCAAGUUUGUUUGCAGGUUUGUGCAUUUUGAUUAUCGGCGGAUUUAUGCAAGUCUUCUUCCAGUCGACUACUUUUGAAAUUAUCAUUUCCCUAGGAGGGGCGUUCUUGUUCUGUCUUUUUAUUAUUUUUGAUACACAGAUGAUGAUGAAGACGUUGUCGCCAGAGGAGUAUAUUUUGGCCACAAUUAAUCUGUACAUGGAUAUCUUAAAUUUGUUUUUGUAUAUUUUGCGUAUUUUGCAAGCCAUGAAUAGGCAAUAAGAACAUUAGUUUUCUUUGUAAAAUUGUUGUGAUAAUAAUACACUAAAUUCGGCUUGAUUUACGCACAUUUACAUAAAUAUGUCUGCAUAUUUUUUCUGUAUUAAUUACCUGUGAAACAUGUGAUACUGUUUUGUGUAUAUUUGAAAGGGUGGGUGCAAAAGCAGGUAAUUCUAAUUUAUAAAAGAGCGUUUCAUACGUUAGCAAUAAAAUUGUUGACUUAUUUAAAUUAUAUGCUACGUGUAAAACACGUGAAGUUGCAUUCUCCUGAAAUUAAUUAUUCUAUAGAGUUUAUAUUGGUAAAACCCUUUCAUAUUUUGAAACGCUGUUUGUAUUUUCCAAAAAUUGUACAAAAUGGAACGUAUUUUGGACCCACUCUUCAUUGUGAAAUAUAUGAUUUAUUGAAAAUAAUAAAUUCACAAAAGUUACAAAGUUUUCCA